AUGACGAACGCUUCGCAGACGUUGGCGGAGCUCGGCUUCUUGCUAGGCCGUAAAGACUUCCACCCAUUCCCAAGCGAUUUGGGUGAGGCCGCGAAAAGCCUUGGACAUUUGAAAGAUAUAUUGGAGGCUUUUUUGCAUGCUUGUGGCUACUCGUAUCACUCGUGUAAUCACGAGCACUGUCAAUGGAAGUCAGACCAGCGAUCGCUUGGGUUUAUUGAGGACGUCGUCAGCAGGCGGUGUAUCAACAUUUUGCGUUGGAUUCCAAGAACGGAGGGGCUUUUGGACUAUGGUGUGUCCAAAGUGCACCUGGAGGGAGUGCAGCCUCUGCUGCAGGAUCUUCGUGAAUUCAUCGACUCGAGGUUGUCAUGGGCUUCACCGAAGGCUGCUGAGACCGACGUUCAUCAGAAGCUGGAGGGCUUGCGACAGGAGAUUCAGGAGUUGCGGAAGGAAUUCGCACCAGCCUCAGUGGCAAAAGAUACAGCAAGCAAGCUGGAUGCGCUGCGACAGGAGACCCACGAUUUGCGGAAUGACUUCGCUCCAACCUCCAUGGUAACAGAUAUGUUAGCCGAGAUAGAUUUGCUGCGGGAUUUGAAGCAGCACGUCAUUCAGCUCUCCGUCAAGGUCGACCAGCUGCAACAUUCGGAUGGCAGGUGCCAGGUACGCGACCAUCUGGAUGCGCAUGCCAGCAUCAGUGGCAUCGAAGGAUCAAGGAUUGGCUGUGCCGCUGACCUCGCUGAGGGAUGCCGUCAGCUUCAAGAAAUUCGAAGCACGUUCGUCAAAAUUGUUGCUGACACCAUGGAGGCCCAGCAGCAUGUGUUUGACAGCCUUCGGCGAGAGCAGUGGUGUCUGAUGCAACAUGUCACCGUUGCCAGCAGCGCAGGGCAACUUAAGCCUUCGACCGUUGUGCCUGCGGCUGCCGCAAGCAGCAGCGACAGUGUCAGCGAAGCAUCCUGGGUUUGUCUUAGCUGUGGUGGCUCAGAUACACAGGGAAGAAGCAGUGUUAGGAGUGGAAUCUCCGUCGAGACUUCUGGCAACAACUGCUUCAUGCACGACGCCGCUUUCAAGUCUGAGACUGGUGCAUUGUUGCCUGGGAGUGCUUUGCACAAGGGCUCGAGAGUUCUGGCUGCAGACGCUUCCGUCUUGGAGGUGGCGAACGAUCCGGAGGAUCAUGAAGCCAGGGCCACAGUGGUCCUGAAAGCUGGUGCUGCUGAGUUGGAGGUGAGAGCCCAAGACCUCCGCAUUGGGGACGAAGUCCUUGUCGGCGGUCUUGGUCCUGCAAGGCUUCAGUACGUGGACGUGAAGUUCGAGCCUGUGAUGGUGCGGAAGAUCGUUUUCGAGCCAGACUUGCCUGUUGAGGUCUUGAAGCCCUCGAUUUUGAGCCACGGGGACAAACAAAGCAAGAGGAUUCGGCGUGGUGGGCGGAGCCGCAGAGGAAGCGAGCAUCAGGAGAAGUGCACGAUUCCGGACACUGAGGGCUACCUCACAGACUGA